CCUCUCCUCGGCCUGAAGCCUCUACUCGGCCUGAUGCCUGUACUCGGCCUGAUGCCUGUACUCGGCCUGAUGCCUGCCAGUUGACUCGAUGCCCGCUGUUGAUCCAGAUGAUCCGGUACCUGAUCCGGUGCCCGCUGUCGUGCCAAUUGACUCAGAGCCCACUGUCGUACCUAGUGACUCGGUGCCCACUGCCUUGCCAGAUGACGCGGUGCCCGCUGGCAAGCCAAAUGACCUGAUGCCUGGUGACCUAGUGUCCGCUGUCAUACCUGAUGACCCGAUGCCCGCUGUCGAGCCAGACAAUCCGGUACCUGAUGACCCGGUGCCCACUGUCGUGCCUGUUGACUCGGAGACCACUGCCUUGCCAGAUGACGCGGUGCCCGCUGUCGAGCCAAAUGAACUGAUGCCUGGUGGCCCGCUGCCUGCUGCUUCGCCUGGUAAUCCGAUGUGCCUCUGCCCGGAGUCCUGCCCGAUGUGCCUCUGCCCGGAAUCCUGCCCGAUGUGC